CGUUUCCUUCUUCGUCCUCCCCAUCAGACACAUUGCUCUGUUUUUCCCCUGCUUUAAUUUCUUCCUCCUUUUGCGUCAAAUAUUUCUUUCAAGAAAAAAAAAACCCUAUUUUCUGGCUCUUCUGCGAGCUAAGAAAAUGACUCUGAAAAAUGUUAUAGUCUCCCACCCAGAAUCUGGCGCCGUGACGGUCUUUGCGGCGGUUUCCGACGAAUCCGUAGCUGAGGCCGUUGCCGGCGUAGGUGGGUGCGUUAGCUUAGACAUUUCCGGCGAACUCCGCCACAGAGCCGGCGGCGCCGCCACAAUGAACUCCUGGGUCGAGUCAAUGAGAGCUUGCUCUCCCACUCGGAAGUCUUCCCUCUCGAAAGACAAUCAACUCGCCUGGAAGCUUCCAUCAGCUCUAGAGAAGUUGGACGAGAUAAUCAGGGCUUCGGAAGGGAAGAAAAUAGUGAUGUUUCUAGACUACGACGGCACCCUCUCCCCCAUUGUCGACGACCCAGAUCGUGCUUUUAUGUCCAACUCCAUGAGAGCAACCGUGAGGAAGCUUGCCACAUAUUUCCCUACAGCCAUUGUGAGCGGAAGGAGCAGAGCCAAGGUCUAUAACUUUGUACGUUUAGCUGAGUUGUACUAUGCGGGGAGCCAUGGCAUGGACAUAAAAGGGCCUUCCAAAGGUUCCAAAUACGCCAAAGGAGAACAGACCGGUGUUCUUUUUCAACCAGCUAGUGAAUUUCUACCCAUGAUCGACGAGGUGCACAAGAUUUUGUCGGAGAAAAUUAAAUCAUUUCCAGGUGCGACCGUGGAGAACAAUAAAUUUUGUGCAUCAGUACACUUCCGUUGCGUUGAAGAGAAGGAAUGGGGUGAGUUAGCAAAAGAAGUAGGCUCAGUUGUGAAACAAUAUCCAAAGCUUCGGAUAUCACAAGGGAGAAAAGUGCUUGAGAUCCGACCAAUUAUUAAGUGGGACAAAGGCAAAGCUCUCGAGUUCUUGCUUCAAUCUCUUGGAUAUGCCAACUCCAACGACGUCUUCCCCGUCUAUAUUGGCGAUGAUAGAACUGACGAAGACGCCUUCAAGGUGUUAAGAGAGAGAGGACAGGGUUCUGGUAUUCUUGUUACCCAAACUCCAAAAGACACCCAUGCCUCUUACUCCUUGCAGGAUCCAUCCGAGGUAAUGGUAUUUUUGCGCCGUUUGGUGGAGUGGAGAAAAAUGGCACGAAGAAGGCAGUGUAGAUUGAGAAGAGAGAUUGAGCAGAUGAAAGCAAAGUGAUCUCUCUAAUCAUCCAUAAUCACCCUUUAGUUUAAUUGUGUGUAUUGUAUAAUAUUGUUGUUAAAUUAUUAACUAAAAUAACCAAGUGUGGAAUACAUAUUAAGUAGGGAAUUAAUUAACUAAGGGGAAAAGAAUAUCCUCCAUCACCGGCCUCUUUGUAAUUGUCCUUUUGUUGUUGUUAUGCUUUUUACCUGGCUUGUAUAUGUAAAAAAAUGUAAAUACUCCUUGUAAUUUAAUGAAAUAAUUGUUAAAUA